AUGAGCGACACCUUUUGUUGGAUUAUUCAAUUAUCUUAACCUGCGUUUCCGCUUCCGUUUGGAUUUGAUUUUAUUUUGAUGGUGAAGAUUUUCAUUAGAGUGUUAAUUUAAUUUGUUUAAUUGUAAUUGUUGAAAUCAAUUGGUUUUCAUCAUGUCGGCUAAAGUACAAUCUGGUUAUAAAGCUGAUGACGGUAAACCCACUCAAGAUGAGAGUGCUAAUAAGAUUCAUAGAAUUCGAAUGACCCUUACUUCUACUAAUGUAAAGAGUUUAGAAAAAGUCUGUGCCGAUUUGAUCAAAGGUGCUAAAGACAAAGAAUUGAAAGUAUUUGGACCUGUUCGUAUGCCCACCAAAACUUUACGAAUCACAACUAGGAAAACUCCAUGUGGAGAAGGUUCAAAGACAUGGGAUCGAUUUCAACUUCGAAUUCAUAAAAGAGUAAUUGACUUGAGAAGUACAUCUCAAAAUGUUAAGCAAGUUACCUCAAUAGCUAUUGACCCUGGUGUUGAUGUUGAAGUUACUAUCGCCGACCAUUGAGAAUGUUAUUUAAAUUUGAACAUUAAAUGCUUAAAAUAAUGUCGAAUUUAAUUUAAGUA